AUGAGGAGGGUUCUCUCUAGCCGGCGAUGCGCGGCCGAAUGGGGAGGCAGCUGCUGCAGCAGCACCUCGGAGUACCAGGCUGCGGCGCGCGGCGGGGGGAAGAGGGAGAAGGUGGUGGUGAUCAUGGGGGCGACGGGGACGGGGAAGUCAAAGCUCUCCAUCGACCUGGCGGUGCGGAUGCCGCCGGCGGAGGUGGUCAACUCCGACAAGAUGCAGGUCUACGCCGGCCUCGACUUGACGACGAAUAAGAUCACCGCCGCCGAGCGCUGUGGCGUUCGGCACCACCUACUCGGGGAGCUCGACCCGGCGGCGGGGGAGCUCUCCGCCGCCGGGUUCCGGUCGCUCGGCGGCGCCGCUGUCGCUGACAUCGCCGCCCGCCGGCGGCUCCCCAUCGUCGCCGGCGGGUCAAACUCCUUCAUCCACGCGCUCAUGGUCGAGGACUACCGGCGCCCUCUCUCACUGGGGGCGCCGCCACCUGCGCCGCCGGCGAGGCUGCGGUACAGGGGGUGCCUGCUGUGGGUCGACGUGUCAGCGGCGGCGCUGUACGAGCAUUUAGACCGGCGCGUGGAGGAGAUGCUGGCGGCCGGGAUGUUCGAGGAGCUGGCGGCGAACUACGACCCGUGUCGGCAGCGGGGGCAGGGGGGAUACGUGGGGCCCUGGCGGGCCAUCGGAGUCCCCGAGUUCGACCGCUACUUCGAGAGGUUCUCGCCGGGGGCGGCUGUGGGCGGCGGCCCGGGGGCGGCUGCGGCGUACAGGGCGGCGGUGGAGGAGAUCAAGUUGAACACGCGGCGGCUGGCGGACGUGCAGGUGCGGAAGAUCUGGCGGCUGUGGGCGGCGGGAUGGCGGCUGCGGCGGCUGGACGCGACGGCGGCUGUGGCGGCGGCGCUGGAGGGGAGGGGGAGGGCCGACGUGGAGGCGGCCUGGGAGAGGGACGUGGUGGGGCCCAGCUUAGAGGCGGUGGCAGCGCUCUUGCAGGGAGAGGAGGAGACGACCGUUGCGGCGGCGGCGGAGGAGGAGGAGGAGGAGGUGCUCAGACCUCUCCGGCUGAGGCUCGGGUAG